CUCCCUUUCUUCUUUAAACAGAUCAUUCACUUCAUCGCCAGCAUGGUGCAGUCCAAGAGCGUGUCUGGAAUCAAGAGGAACCUGUCGGUUGGGAUGACUCUCAGUGCAGGUCCCUGGUUCUCUCGCUCUCUUUCUCUGUCCUGCAGGCCAUUAAUGCGCAAUAGUUCCAGAAUGUACCAUUCCAGCCCCAAAUACAGCCAUCCAAACAGAACUGAGUCCGAUCAGGAGCCCUCGGCCAUCCAGGGGAACCUGCAGAACAGCAGUGUGUACCCAGGGGGCGUGAUCAUCUCUGACAUCACACAAGCGCUGGAGCAUCGGGCAGCGGGGCCCUGGCAGGGAGAUCCCGGGCGCAGCGGCUCCUACGAUGUCAACUGGAGACCCUCUGAGCUGGACACCCUGUUGAAGCAGGAGAUUGACAACCUGGUGCCCAGUGCUGCCCCCUGCGCCCUCGCCCCCAGUGACCUCUACCACUCCCUGCUGGAGGAGAGCGGCACUGCAGGCCCUGAGGAGACCUCUGCAGAAUGGGGGGAGAUUGUGGAUCACCUAGCCCAGAAGCACUGCUGUCUGUCCAGUUCGUCGCACGUCAACAUGGAGCUGUUGCAGGAUCUCUUAGCACCCUGCCCAGGACCCUCCUGUCUGGAAACGGCAAGGCCCUGGGACAUGAAACGGCACAAGACUGCACGGAAGGAGCCUGGCUGCUCACAGACACCGGAGAGCAAUGUGGAGAUGGUGCAGUACGAGGAGGACAUCCUGCCCUCGCUGCUGGAGCUGGCAGAGGAGGCCUCAGAUGUGGGGUGCUACCCCGGGGAGCUGCCCCAGGACCCCCUGAGCCACAGACACCGCCUCUCCUGCAGCUAAACAUCCAGCCAGGAGAGCGUGGGGAGACCCGAGGCUGAGCCCUCUGCACCCUGACAGCACUGCCAGAGGACUAGCUUCUGUACUCUGUGUAUUUCUGUCCAGGAGAACAGAGUUUGGGGAAGGGGAGAAGCAGAACUGUUCUAUUGCGGAGAUCCAGAUUCACACCUUGUGAGCAGGGCUGGGCUGAGCCUUUUAUUUACUUCCAGUUCCUUUUGAAAAUACAUUCCCAUUUCCUUUGUAUCAAUUCCAAUUCCAAGUAAGGACCGCGAAUGGGAAUUGGAGAAUUAAUUUUAAAUGGAAUUGGAAUGUUUAUUAUUAUUAUUUCUUCUGUUUUUUUGUUAUUAAUCUGUUUUAUCACGAUAUUGUUGGCUGAGAAUAGACCCUGUAAUUAACAGUGUAUGCAGUUCAGGGUUAGGGCGUUGUGGUUUUACUGGUUAUGAAUGCAGAUUAGCUCCAUCUUGUGGACAGUCGUUAUAAUGCAGUCUCACUGCAGCAGUGCAAAGAACUUCAUUUCGUAACAGAGCUUGAACAACAAUAACAGCACACUACAAACUGGUUAUCCUGGGAUACCCUUAAACAAUGUGCUUGAUAAAUAAAGGGUCAAAUAACCCCUGCUGGUCUUCUCAGUUUGACCUCUGAAACAAUUCGGACAGAAAAAAUAAACCAGAGCCAGAAUAUUGUAGGUUGUGAACAGCUUCACAGAUCACUGAACUGCAUUGUGUUAGGAAUGCAUGGGCCUGCGGUUCUGUAGCACCAGGAGAAGUGACCGGGAGCAAGCUUAAAAAAAAGCUUGAGAUAAUUAACAAAGACUCAUUUUUAUAAAGGUAUAUACAUAUAAAUAUAAACACUUUUUUUUCUUCUCAUUAUCGUCUGAGGGUUACUUAUAUUGUUUCUUGUGUUAAAGAAUGGUUCUGUAUUGUAUAAGUUUGCAUUUAUGGGGUCUGCUAGAACUGAAAGAAAUAAAUAGUUAAGGGAAAGA